GCCCAGACUGCCGAGGCGUGCAAAGGCUGGCUCCACGAGCGCAACUACAAAAGACCACCGCAAAAUUUCUCUCUAAGGCUGGGCCAGAGCUUCCCACGCCGUUCUUUACGAGCGCAAUAUUUCGCUCCCUUCAGCAAUGGGCGCCCAAUCGACAUCCGCCCCGCUCCCUCCAUGGGGUCUGGCCACGGCCGGCGCUACGGGGGCAGUUCUUGCCAAUGCGCUAGUAUAUCCUCUGGACAUCGUCAAAACCAGACUCCAAGUCCAAGUUAAACGGCAACCGGGCGAAGCGGCCGCCGAGGGCGAAGAACCCCAUUACAACUCGACCUGGGAUGCCAUCACCAAAAUCGUCGCCGAAGAUGGGAUAGGAGGCCUCUACGCAGGCAUGGAAGGGGCGCUCCUCGGCGUCGCCUCGACCAACUUUGCCUAUUUCUACUGGUACUCCACCGUGCGCACCUUGUACUUCAAGUCGCAAAAGAUGCCCGCGCCGCCGUCGACCGCCGUCGAGCUGGCCCUGGGCGCGGUUGCCGGCGCCGUGGCACAGCUAUGCACCAUCCCCGUUGCCGUUGUGACGACGCGCCAGCAGACGCAGAGCAAGAAUGACAAGAGGGGGUUUCUGGAGACAGGGCGCGAGGUCAUCGAGAGUGAGGACGGCGUCUUCGGACUCUGGAGGGGUCUCAAAGCCAGCUUGGUGCUGGUUGUGAAUCCGGCGAUCACGUAUGGUGCGUACGAGAGGUUAAAGACGUAUAUGUUUCCGGGCAAGACGCGGCUCACGCCGGGAGAAGCAUUUUUGCUUGGUGCCAUGUCCAAGUCUUUAGCUACCAUCGUCACGCAGCCUCUGAUCGUGGCCAAGGUCGGCUUGCAGUCCAAGCCGCCACCAUCCAGGAAAGGCAAGCCCUUCAAGGGCUUCGUCGAGGUCAUGAAAUUCAUCGUCGAAAACGAGGGCGCCCUUAGUCUCUUCAAGGGCAUUGCACCACAAAUCGUAAAAGGACUUUUGGUACAGGGGAUACUGAUGAUGACUAAAGAGAGGAUGGAGCUAUUGUUUAUUCUGCUAUUCCGCUACGUUAAGAAACUUCGGGCUGAGCAGCUGGCAAAGGCUGUUGAGUUGGCGUCCAAGGCGAAGAUUGCUCUCCCCGUUAUUGCGAAAUGAGCUGUACGAUUACGGGAAUUGCAACAGAUGGGCUCGAACUUGCGGUGCCAGCUCGGUAAUUUGGGCGAUUUGUACAUAGACUUUGGUUUUCUGGACGUUGCGGUUUGGUUAGGAACAAGCAUUGUACUCACAUAUACUCUGUGGUUAGAACAUACUUUGACUGUUCACAUGCGAGACUCGUUUUGUGUCUCGUAUAGUCGCAAUUUGUCCGGAUACUCGAUAUUGGUAUGCUCCCCAUGACUUUUUAUUCAAUAUGAAGAUUCACCCGGCGGUAUACAACGUAUAUGGAGGUAGGCACCAUCAACGCUGACCAGAUAUGACAAAGCACACU